GAAAAGCUUUGGUUGCCCGCAAGCUAUAUCCGAUCGAAAACGACUUGCUCCGUUUAUUUUAGUAAUAUGCAUCAACAGAAUCCUGCUCCUCCGACAACAAUUGUUAUUCCCUGCGAGAAAUGUGCUCUGAUUUUCUUCACGACUAUGUUUUUGCUCGUUGGUUUUAUCUUGACUAUGGUUGGAAAUUUGGCGAAACCUUUCUGUGACUUCUGUAAAGAAGACAUUCGUGAGACGGAGCGCCGAAAUCUAAAAAAUUGUCGAAUCGUUGGGCCACUUUUCUUGGCGAUCGGCGUUGUGUUGUUGAUUGCUACCAUAGUGUAUUCUCGCAUCCAGAGAAAGAACAAUGCCGGACAAGUUAUAAGCGGACCGAAUACUGGUCAGAUAGGUUCAACAACUCAAGGAGGAUCGGGCAAUGUGACGACCACCACUCAAUAUCCUAGCCCCUAUGGCUUUCACCAGCCGGCGUACGGGCAAACACCCAUGUAUCCACCGGGAUCAUAUCCGCCACCGGUACCGCCCGCUGUAUAUUCGACUUAUCCGACAGGACCAGCUUAUCCUUCAUCGACUCAGUACCCUUUUAAUUCUCCCUAUAAUGUUCAAGCACCAUACCCA